AGCCAUUUUGCUCUGGUUGUAAAGUGUGCAAGUGUAAUUACAUGGGUUCUUUCAACUCCCUUGAUCUGCUAAUUAUUAUGAUUGUUGCCACUGCAUUUUUUGGUGCUGAUGGCAAGCUCACUCCAAAGCACUACUCCAAGACAUGUCCUCAAGCAUUGUCCAUUGUCGAGGCCGAAGUAGCAGCCGCCAUAGAAAACGAAACACGUGUCGGUGCUUCCUUACUCCGACUCCAUUUCCAUGACUGUUUUGUCAAUGGCUGUGACGGGUCUAUUUUGUUAGAUGAUACGGCCAACUUCGUGGGAGAGAAAACAGCAGCUCCCAACAACAACUCUGUCAGAGGGUUCGAAGUGGUCGACCACAUUAAGACCAAGUUAGAGAAAGCCUGCCCGGGAGUAGUGUCUUGUGCUGAUAUUCUAGCCAUUGCUGCCCGUGAUUCUGUUGUCCAUCUAGGAGGCCGGUCUUGGAAAGUUAGGUUGGGAAGAAGAGACUCUACCACUGCUAGCAGGAGCCUUGCAAACACGUCUAUUCCCGCACCAACUUCGAACAUAAGUCGUCUUAUAUCAAGUUUCUCUGCACAAGGGCUUUCCUUAAAGAACUUAGUAGCUCUCUCAGGUUCGCACACCAUUGGCCUGGCUAGAUGCACAUCAUUCCGGGCACGCAUCUACAACGACACAAACACCAUCGACGCCUCGUUCGCCAGGUCGUUGCAGAGAAAUUGUCCAACAAGUGGGAAUGAUGACAACCUCGCAGACCUUGACCUCCAAACUCCAACUCAUUUCGAUAACCUAUACUUCAAGAACUUGUUGAAAAAGAAGGGUCUUCUACAUUCAGACCAGGCUCUCUUCAAUGGAACUUCUGUUGAUUCUCUGGUUGAAAGAUACGCAAACAACAAUGAGGCAUUCUUGAAGGCCUUCGCUAAGGGUAUGAUCAAAAUGGGAAACAUCAGUCCUCUUACGGGAAGCCAAGGCGAAGUCAGAAUUAAUUGCAGAAAAGUCAACUAGAGGAGGAGAGGAGGUGAAAAUUAAAUUCCCUUAGUUCAAAUAAGGAGUAUGAAAUACGUUUGGGGAGAGGUAAUGUAAGCAUAUUCAAUCAAAUGCAUUGUGUGUAAUAACGUUUGGUUUAUAUAUAGAUGCUCGUCCCUGCUACAUAAUCAGCUCAUAUCUAUAAACACAGGAAAUUUAACCGUGUGGCCGAACUGUUUUAAAGAACGCAAUUAGCCGAAUGCAUUAUUGCACUAUUUAUAUUGGAUUAUUAUUAUUUGCAGUAGCACAAGACUUUGGCAUGGAAAGAACCAUUUCCUUGGGAACUUGUUAGAGGCACUUCUCCCAUUAUCCAGGUGCAUAAAUUAAGAUUCAAUCAUUGAUUUCUUCUUGUGUCAAAAAAUGAUAAUAAAAUUUAUCUAGACGUACACGUAGAGAAACAUUAGUCGGUACAAAUCCGAGCACCAAAGUUUUUGUUCCAUUUUUCUAAAUUCGAGUUACAAUCUGGCUGGGCUUUUUUUUGACAAAAAUUCCUAAAAUAUAAAAUUAACACAUUUGCACUAAAAUAAUAAAUCUAUAUAUGUAAUUCAUUAUUACCCAUGUGAUAAAUUGUUAAUUUAAUGUUUUCGUAUGAGUACUUGUUAUGAAUCUUAUGAUAACUACAAAAAUAAUAGUGUUGAAGGAAGAAGUUGGUUCGCACUAGGGUUGUGCAGAAACGAUCCGAUCCAAUAACAAACCGACUGAUCCAAUGUCAACCGACGGCUAAAAAUUGGAUAUCCAAUCAUGAUUGGAUUGGAUCGGAUGACAUUUUUAAAAAUCCAAUAUUGGAUCGGUCGGUUCUUGGAUGACAUGUAAAUUCAAUGGAUCCAACCGACCGAUCCAAUCCAAUAAUGAUCCAAUACCAUCCAAUUAAUAUUCAGAUAAAAAAUAUAUUAUAUAUUUUUUU